UCCGGAGACGGUUAGAUGGAGACUGUUGUAACGACAGAGGCGACUACAACGGCAUCGUCCAGUUCGAUACUUGAUAAACCCCUCAUCCAAUUAACCGAAGAAGACAUUUCUCAACUCACUCGCGAAGAUUGUCGCAAAUUCCUCAAAGAAAAAGGGAUGCGAAGGCCGUCAUGGAACAAAUCGCAGGCAAUUCAGCAAGUGAUUUCGCUCAAGGCAUUGUUGGAAAGCAACGAAGAUUCCACCGCCUGUGCUCUCCGGAAAAUCGUCCUUUGUCCACCUCCUCCACCAGUUCCUCCGCAAAAUGUAGCUUCAAAUUCUGGUAAUUCAGCAAAAGAAACCGUCCUUGGAGAAGAAGGUCCUUUGAAAACUGCUCCGGUGGUGGAGAUGAGUUGUCAGGGCAGUGAAAAGAAUAAGAAGACUCUUUCUCCUAGAAGUCGGUGGGAAACAAAUGAGCUGGGUGGGCAGAUGACACUUUUUUAUUGUGGAAAGAUCAAUGUGUAUGAUGGAGUACCGCUUGCUAAGGCACAUGCAAUCAUGCGUCUUGCAGCGUCUCCUAUUGAUUUUACCCUGGACAAUCUAUGUAAUGGAAAUGCUGACCUUAGGUCCUUUCUUGGCCAUGCACAAGAAGCUGAAGACAAAAAUAACCUUGUUGCUUCUAAUGCCUUGAACUCUCAUACCAUUCAAACUGGAAAGAUGAUAGAAUACCAGCAGCAUUUUAGGGAAAAAGGAAACAACAGUCGUGACUCUGAUAUAGAUGGGCAGAUGAACAGAAAAGUAUCAUUGCAGCGACAUCUUGAAAAGCGAAAAGACAGGGGAAGAUUUUCUAAAGGCAGGAAGCAUGCAGGACAAACUUCUUCUAGCUUUGAGAUGUACCUGAGCCAGCAGAUAGGAACUCACCACUCAAAUGGACAAUCAACUCGGAGUGAAACAAGUUCUCUACCGCAAUCUACAGUGCCACAUGUAUUUUGUAGCUCAGCUGACAACCAAGCAAAGCUUGUGAAUCUUUCUGUAGAUCUCAAUGAUGAAAGUGGUAAAGAACACUGAAUCAAAUGUGCCAUUUAUGUAACAUCAUACUAAUUCAUUGGGACUUAAGUAAAGAGAGAUGUUCUUUAGGUGCAUUACCCAUAGCAGACAUUGGAGAGAGGGAAAGUAACUGGAGAGAGCCUUUGACAUUGCUGCAUAUAUACAUAUAUAUGCUGUGCAUGGUGUAUGA